AUGGAUACUCGUGCAUCAAAGAAGAGGGCUAAUGCUAGAACACUUGUCUCAGAUGAGAAUCAACAACCCAAGUGCAAAAAGCCACGGGUUGUGUUGGGGGAACUUACUAGUGUACCCAAUUUUAUAGAUCUGACAACUUCAAAUCCCAGGAUCAAGAGAGUGCAAUGUCCUAAAAAUCCUAGGAUCAAGAAAUCAGCUGCCACAAAGAGGGCCGUUUCUUUGUCGGAGAAGGAUGUUCCCCAAUCUAGUGAACCCUUUGAAUCCGACAUCUAUCAGUAUCUUCGCACGAUGGAGAUGGAGAAAAAGAGAAGACCAUUGAUUGACUACAUUGAAAGAGUUCAGAAAGAAGUUAAUGCAAACAGGAGAGGAAUAUUGGUGGAUUGGUUAGUUGAGGUUGCAGAGGAGUACAACCUUCUCCCCGACACUCUCCAUCUCUCUGUUUCCUACAUUGAUAGAUUUUUAUCAAUUAAUCCUAUGACUAAACCCAGGCUUCAGUUGUUGGGUGUUUCCUCUUUGCUCGUUGCAUCGAAAUAUGAAGAAAUUAACCCACCCAGCGUGGAAGAUUUCUGCGACAUUACCGAUAACACGUACAAGAAGACAGAGGUUGUAAAAAUGGAAGCUGACAUACUCAAGUCCCUGAAUUUUGAAAUGGGCAACCCAACUGUAAUGACCUUUAUAAGGAGGUUUGCUGGGAUUGCUGGUGAGAAUCAAAAUACUCUAAAUUCGCUGAUCGAAUUUUUAGGCUACUAUCUGGCUGAGCUAAGUUUGUUGGACUAUGAUUGUAUAAGAUUCUUGCCUUCUAUUGUGGCUGCGUCAGCUAUAUUUCUUGCCAGAUAUAUUAUCUUCUGGCCUGAAGUUCAUCCUUGGACUUCAUCCCUGUGUGAAUGCUCGGGUUAUAAAUCAGUUGAGUUAAAAGAGUGUGUUCUCAUCUUACAUGACUUGUAUUUGUCAAAAAGGGCAGCGUCCUUCAAAGCUGUUCGAGAUAAAUACGAGCAGGACAAGUACAAAUACGUGGCAAACGUGAUAUCCCCACCAAAGAUACCAAGUAAUUACUUUGAAGAAGUGUAA